AAGAUUGAGCCAAAGCAAACAACCCCUUUAGGAUCCUUAUUCCUAUCCAUUGCUUGUCUUUUUUUUUCGACUGUCAUCUCCUUGUCUCUCUCUCUCUCUCUCUCUCUCUCUCUCUCUAUCCAUCUCUGACAUUAGGACAUUGAUGUGAGACAACUAAAACAGUCCGGGGGAUAUAGAGAGAAGAAAAGCACAGCACAAAGAAGUGAGAAAGGCACGAAGGAGAAGAUGCAGCUGAGAGAUUCACUCCAAAAGAAGGGGAAGAAGUUCUUCAACAAGACACUUCACAGCCUCAAACACUGCCUCCUCUUCGAUGGCUUCCGGAAGCUCCCCAGGCCAUCCUAUCUCCACCCAUUCUCCUGUGCCAGCUGGAGAGAGCAAGGAGUAAAGGGUGAUUCCCGAACAGAGGAUUCUUAUCCCGGGUUCCCCGGAAAGAGGGCCGGAACCGAGGAAGCCAAGGAAGUGGAGGAAGAAGACGAGGAGGCUGGUGGGAGCAUUAGCAUUGGGAAGAAGGUGAGUACUGUUCCUAAAGAAGAGGAAGGAGAGCAGUUGGAGAAGGUCAAGGUGGGGAAUUCAUGUCAUUCUACUUCAUUCAGAGGAGGAGGGGAAGAAGGAGGAUUUGCGUUGUCAAAGAAGAUGAAGGAACUGGGGAUGGUGGAGCUGAGAGAUAUGGAGCAUGUGCUGGACGUAGAGGAGGCACUGCAUUACUACUCCCGCCUCACGAGCCCCGUCUACGUCGGGAUCGUCGACAAGUUCUUCCUGGACAUGUACUCCGACUUCUCUCGCUCCCCCGCUCGGCAAGCCCCGAGCCUCCUGGGCAGGAAUCUGGGGCAGAGGCGGACCGCAAGCCGGGCCCUGCGAUGAGAGCCAUAGCUUGUUCUGAGCAGGAUACAUGUUUGACAAGUUCAAGAUCACGCCAUCGGUACGGUUGGAAUUAGUAGGCGAGCUUUUGGUGAAAUCAGAGUACUUGUUUGCAUAUAUAUCAGCAUAGUGAGUAUCAUCAGCAUCAUCAUAUCGUGUGUAAAAUGGUGGGUGCGUGCCUGAGGUAUUAGGCCUUGUUUUAUUGUCAUGUUGGAGCUUCGGUUCGGUUGCUAUUUGCUCAAGGUCUUGCUUUUCGAUCUUUCAUCCUUAAUAUAUAUACAGCACGAUCUAUACUUAAUGUCA